AUGAUUAUCGGAAGGCUGCAAAGGGGUUUUAUAAGCUAUAUCCAAAAUGUUUCGAUUCGUCAUAAAACUACACAAUUUUCCUUAAAGGAUAGAAUUAAAUACCUUGAUCAGGUGAAAAUCUAUGGCCAACCAACGCAUCAGACACAUCCUCAUUUAUUGAAACAAGGAGAAUUAGUUCAAGGAAUAACAUCAGAAGAAAUUUCAUAUCGGAGACUUCAACUUAUUGAGACAAUCAGAGCUUAUUCACUUACAAACUUCCCGUCUGUCAAAACUCACUUGAUUGUUAUUCCAUCCGCUGUUAAAAAGCAUAUAUCAUCAUCAAUACCUUAUGUCUUCAGACAGAAUUCUGAUUUCAUCUAUUUCUCUGGAUGUUUGGAGCAAGAUUCAGUCUUGAUGAUGGAAAUAAAUGAGAAAUCUCAUAAAUCUAUACUGUUUUUAAGGCCAAAGGAUAAGAAUCAGGAACUGUGGGACGGAAUCAGGACUGGUUCUGAAAAUGGAGUUGAAUUGUUCGGCGUUGAAGAAUCAUACUCAACUUUUCAUCUAAAUCCGUUCCUACAAAAAGUUAAAAAUCUAAAGAAUCUACUUAUUUGGUACGAUGAAAAGAACAGCGAGCAAAGUACAAUAACUCCUCUACUUAAAACUCUUGAUAAAUUUGAGAAUCCUACAAAAUUCAUUCACACAUUGAGAUGGAUAAAGUCAGAAGCUGAGAUUGAGUUGAUGCGUAAAACCUGUGAAAUUGGUUCAAAUGCUGUGAAUGAAACUAUAAGAAAGUCAUAUCCAGGAAUAAAUGAGCAUCAAAUUUUUGCAGAAGUUGAUUACCAAAGUCGGAUAAAUGGGGCAUAUAUUUUAGCCUAUCCCCCAGUUGUGGCUUCAGGACGAAAUGCUACAACAAUUCACUACAUUAAUAAUUCUCAAAUAACACAAGAUGGAGAUAUGGUGUUGCUUGAUGCAGGCUGUGAAUAUGGGGGAUAUUCAUCUGAUAUAACACGUACUUGGCCAUUAAAUGGUCAAUUUACAGAUCCUCAAAGGAUUCUCUAUGAAGUCGUACUGAAUGUUCAAAAAGACUUGAUAAAUUGUGUAUUGAAUGAAGGUGGAUAUACUCUUGAUGAAUUAUUUGACACUAUGUGUACAAGAUUGGGAAAAUAUCUGCAAGAAGCAAGUCUGAUACCAAAAGAUAAAACUGGACAUGAACUUGCGAGAGCAGCUUUUAAAUUUUGUCCACAUCACGUAUCACACUACUUAGGAAUGGAUGUUCAUGAUACACCGUUAGUCUCGAGAAGUAACAAAUUAGUGCCUGGAAAUGUUUUCACAGUUGAGCCAGGAAUUUACAUCCCUCAUGAUCGUGCAGAUGUUCCUGAAGAAUUUCGAGGCAUUGGACUUCGCAUUGAAGACGACGUGAUGAUUAAUAAAAAUAUGAAGCUGGAAAUUCUUACAACAAGUCCAAAAGAGCCAGAUGAUUUAAUUAAGUUAAUAAAGAAUGAAGUCUAA